CACUCCGGCAGCAUCAGUACCAUCUCCGCCGUGCUAAUAAACCAAAAAACCGGGGGACGGAGCAGAAAUACCGGCGGGGUUUGCGGCUCGAGGGGCGCCGGUGCAUCGGAGCGGCGAGAUGGGAGACCAGAAGGAAUCCCUGCGUAAGAUCACCCACACGCUGGCCAUGAAGAACGAAGAGCUUUCCAACUUCGCCUGCACUCUCAAACAGAGCCUCGACAACCUGGAGGCGAACUCCAACAGAGUGCAGGAGGACCUGGAGUCUGAGUUCAACUCCCUCCACUCCGUCCUGGACGAGAUGAAGGAGAACAUGGUGACGCGCAUCAAACAGGAGCGAGCCAGCCGCACCUAUGAGCUGCAGAGUCAGCUGAGCGCCUGCUCCAAAGCCCUGGAGAGUUCAGAGGAGUUGCUGGAGCUGGCCAAUCAGACGCUGUGCUCCUCCGAGACGGACGGCUUCACGCAGGCGGCCAAAGACAUUAAGGAUAGCGUGACAAUGGCUCCAGCCUUUCGCCUCUCCCUCAAGGCUAAAGCCAGUGACAACAUGAGUCACUUGAUGGUGGAUUUCAGCCAGGAGAGGGGGAUGUUGCAGGGCCUCAAAUUUCUCCCAGUUCCCGCCACUCCAGAGAUCCAGGUGUCAGAGUGCCAGGUGUGCGACAACACCGUGUGCAUGGUUUGGACCCUGCCGGAGCCCGACAGCAAGAUAGACCACUACAUACUGGAGCAUCGGCGCACGAACCACGAGGGUCCGCCGCGCAUCAGAGAGGACUACCCCUGGAUGGUGGUGGAGGGGAUACGAGAGAUGGAGCACACGCUCACAGGUCUGCGCUUUGACACCCGCUACAUGACGUUCAGAGUGAGAGCGUGCAACAAGGCCGUGGCGGGAGAGUUCUCCGAGCCGGUUACACUAGAAACCCACGCCUUCAACUUCAAACUGGACUCCGUUUCGUCCCACCAGAACCUGAAGGUGGAGGACUUGAGCGUGGAGUGGGACAGCAGCGGAGGAAAGAUACAGGACAUCCGCAAGGAAAAGAACCGAACCAACUCCCCGAUGCACUCUCCAGCCAGGUCAGCCCUGAUGUCGCCUAAGAGAGCACCGACAGCCCGGCCCAGCAGAGACCGGUUUACAGCAGAGUCCUACACAGUUCUGGCUGACACCAUGAUCGACGCUGGCCAGCAGUACUGGGAGGUGCGGUUUGAUAAGGAGAGCAAAGCCUUCGCCGUGGGCGUCGCCCUGCGGAGCCUCGGCCGAUUCGACCAGCUGGGGAAAAGCGGCGCUUCCUGGUGCAUCCACCUGAACAACUGGCUGCAGCAGAGCCUCACAGCCAAGCACAACAACAAGGCCCGAACGCUGGACUGUCCCAUCCCGAACAGUAUAGGAGUGUACGUCAACUAUGACGAAGGUGUACUGUCUUUCUACAACGCCAAAACUAAACAGCUGAUGCACACCUUCAAAACCAAGUUCCAGCAGCCAGUUAUACCAGCUUUCAUGGUGUGGAACGGCAGUUUUUCAGUCGUGACGGGCCUGCAGGUUCCCAGCGUGGUGCAAAGCGGCCAGAGGAAGAACAGCGGCACCAGCAGCUCCAACGCCAGCCUCACCUAGACCCAUCGGCUCAGCCGGCUGGACGCCUCCCAGCUCUGCUCGGCCGCAGCCGCGCGCUGCAGAACCUCACCUCUGCCCUGGCUGCGGUCCAAGCCAUAUCAUGGAAGAGUUACAUCACUGGAAGACGAUGGCUCAGCCUGUUCCACGUGCACAGUCUGUGUUGCAUGACGACAAAAAAAUGGUUUUGGGAACAAGUGAGUCAUCUGAGCCAGUCAGUGACAGAACUCUUCAGAUGUAUGAAUCUGGCCGUUGUGAUUGCUUGGGACAUGUUAGCUGUAGUCUUACUAGUUUCCUCGUCUCUACACAUUCAUUUAGCACUGUCCCGCUGCUGCUAGAGCAAUGAUUUAGCGCUGGCCGCUGCCCCUCUUUUCCUUUCCAUCACCAAAACUGUCAGUCGUACUGUCAAUGCAGCCAGCUGCAGGCGCAGGGUCAAGGCCUGUCCUGUCUGCUCUCUCCCUGUGCCUUCCUCCUCAUUUCCAAACUGAUUGGCCACAUCGGGUGAUCUGCACCAACAUGCUAAUAUUUCACUGCGAGGAAUGGUCUCCUCAUUCCAACUUAAAACAAUGUAUCGUGUCAGUGUCAAUAUAACCUGGUUGUAACGUAGCUUAGUGGUAAUUAUCACCUACUGAAUCUGCCUCUAACCACCGACCAACCUGCAGUAUGUAACCCAAACACCAACCUGCUCCUAGACAACGCUACUGAAAGGAAUGUAGUUCAUUACUCAGUCAGGAUUUAUUAAACUCUACUUUGCCAGCAACUCAUAGAUUAUAAGAAUAGUAGGGAUUGCAUUUAUUUCUUGCCAAGGCAUGCAGACUUAACAGUGUUUACUACGUUUCACUCUUUGUAGUCAGGUCCCACGCUUAACCUGCAAGACACUGGGCCCUUAAGCCUCCUGCUGAGGUUCUGUUGGGUUUGAAGCAGCCAGUGUUGGCUGUGGGGUUAAACGUGACAGCCAGAUUCUGCACAGAAAGUUAGAGGGGAGCUUUUUUAACUCCUCAUGUCGAGAAGUCAUCAGAUAGGGCUUCAGGAUUUUUGGAAAUAACCGUACUGUAUAUGUUCUGUUCGCUGCACCCUAAUGCUUGUAUGUGCAAGUGUGUAUGUGUCCAAUCUAAUAACACCACUUUACUUUCAGAAGAGGAAUCCCAUUAUGAGUAGUGGGCUGCCUGUAGUCCAAAUAUAACAAAUAGCUAGCAAGUAGCCUCAGCUAACCAACUGCAUUAUGAGAGUUAGCCAGGUUUGGGGUCCAAGAAAAAGUGAUCAACUCUGGAAACUGAUGUUAUGAAGUGGUUGUUUGUGCACCGCCCCGACCUCCCUGUCACACACAUGGUAACAGUCCUGCUUUGCCAUGCUGCUCCUCCUGUAUGCAUCUCCCGAAUAACUGUAGCCUGCAAUGCUUUAAAGAAGCGUCGAGCUGAGAAUUAUGUUAACUUUAUUUCACAUGCUGACAUAACGUCACAAUUUAUUGUACAUAGUUUAAUUUUUCCACUAUAAUGUAUCAGUCAUUGAGGUAAUAAAGGAGUGAGAGAGCA